AUGGUUUACGUGGCAUUGCAGCCUGUGCGCAUGCCCAGUCUUGCUCUCUCCCCCGGCAGGAAGAUGGUGUCUGUGAGGAUGCGGUCGUCUCUGUUGUCAGUUUUACUUCUGAACGUUUUCUACAGCCUCGUCUCCUCUUUGUAUUUCCACAUCGGAGAGACGGAGAAGAAAUGUUUCAUAGAGGAGAUCCCGGACGAGACGAUGAUUAUCGGUGAGUGUUUAUCCGCCGCGGGUCGGAAGUUACAUGCUAAUGCUAAGUGCUAGUUCAGAGCUAAUCGGCUAAAGUGUCUGAGGAGUUCAGAGAAAGUCCGAAUUUACCUGUCCGGACACACCUGAGCUCCAGCUGAGGAGCCAGGUUAAAGCGAGGAGGUGGAGAACACUCUGGAACAUUUAUAAAAGAUGAAUGUUUUAACUGAGAAGGAAAUAAAACAGACUAAGACUAAAAACAACCUCAAACUGAUUUUAAACGCGCGAUUCAGUUUUUAGAGGCUCGUGUUCAGACUAUUUAGACUGUAAAUGACCUUUUAUUGUCUAAAUCAAGAUACCUGAGUCUGCCCUUAUUUCACAGCUCACCUGUCAGAUCAAAUCUCACCUGUGUGACUGACUGAGGGCGACCCCUACAGGAGAGAGCAGGAACAGCCCUGAGUGUUCUCCUCUGGGUCAAACUUUACAAACAUCCUCAACUCUAUCACGUUAUCACUGUACAGAAAAGACAGGACUAAAUUAACACGGCCUGAGACAGGUGGAAACAUUUCACCUGUAAACUCUAAAAACUCAGAGAAAUACCGGGAUAACGUCGUCUGAUAUUAUAUUUAUAUCAGAAUCAGAAAUACUUGAACAAUCCCCAGGGAGAAACAGCUUUUUGUAAGUAGAAAGAGGAGAUAAAUGAUAGAUAACAUAAGUAAAAAUAUAGAGAUAAAAUAAAAGUAUGUGCACUAUACAACACAAAAAACGCGAAUUGAUUUCCGUAAACAUCCAUCAGCUAUCCCUCCUCCUGCCAUUGAGGGCCAAGUUGUUGAAUUAGUCCACAAUUACAAAUACCUUUGGCACAAACACUGAUGAUAAACUGUCCUUUGACUUCCAUGUUGAUGCUGUCUGCAAGAAGGAACAUCAGCGUUUGUACUUUUUCAGGAAACUGCAGAGUUUUAAUGUUUUAUUCCCGUUUUAUUGAGUCUGUUUUAACUUGAUCUUUUAUUUGCUAGUACCUGCCUAGAUGUCGGACAAACAGACUGAAGAACUCUCUUAUCCCUGCCGCCAUUGGUCUUUUAAACAAGUGAUCGUUUUUAGUCUCUCUGUUUUAUGGUUUUUUAUUUAUUUAUUGUUGUGCUGGUUGUCUUGUCUUAUGUCUGUUUGUGGCACUGCUGGCUGUAAAGCGAUUGUCCCCACAGGGACAUUAAAGAUUCCUUGACUCCUUGAAAAGAGUAAAAUAGUAUGCAUCAAAGUAAAAAAGUAAAAAGAAAGGAGAAAAGCUUAAAAAAGCUUUUCGUCCGGUCUGUACACACUUGUUGUUGUUCAUGCCCAUAAUUAUAAGGAUGAUGUUGUUAUAACUCAACUGGACUUCACUGUAUUUAUGUAGCACCCAUCCAGAGUUCAGGAACAUAAAACAGAAAGUUCUCUGAUGUUUGUCUGAGAAACAUUCGAGGACUUUGGAGAGACCUCGCUGGAGUAGAAAUUCAAACAACAUAUUUUUCAUCUUGAGAUCUUUCCAUGUUUGUUGGUCCAUGACUGAGAUGGUGCAGAAUAAGAUCAUUGAGAUGAUCAUUGAUGAGGGUUCUGAUGGAGGACACUGUCGUAGUUUGGUGACCUGCGGAGGUGAAACACCGCAGACCGUCUUCAUUUAACACUUGAGUUUGAAACAGUCAGAGUGACGUUCACAGGAAACGACGAGGAGGGUUUUAUCUCAUGCUCCGUCUGUUCCGGAUCGAGUCAAGACAAAAGUCAAGACUGAACAGAAGGAGAGGAAGUGAGCGAUACUCUGGGCCUCCUCAGUCUGUCUGCAAAUUUUGACCGUGAAGAUCCGACUCGGUAAAGAGAAGGAGACGUCCGAUAAAACCGACCGGUUAGAAAACAUACAUCACAACAGAAGCAGAAGUUGUGCAACAGCCAGAAACAGGCUGGUGCUGCAAAACGGCAAAGAUGGAGAACACAAGCGAGAGCUGUUAAAGGAGGGGGGGGGGGGCAACAACAGCAGCACAGCAGGGGGCGCAAUAUCCGUCACUCUGGGUUAUCAUGUUGUUGUGAUCUUAGGAAGGGAGCCAUGAUUGUUGCUCCACAGACAGAGUCUCCUUUCAGACUCCUGACGGUGACCCCGUGUGUGUGUGUGUGUGUGUGUGUGUGUGUGUGUGUGUGUGUGUGUGUGUGUGUGUGUGUGUGUGUGUGUGUGUGUGUGUGUGUGUGUAGGUAACUAUCGGACUCAGCUGUACGACAAACAGAGAGAGGAGUACCUGCCGGCCACUCAGGGUCUGGGGAUGUUUGUGGAGGUCAGAGAUCCCGACGACAAGGUGAGGAGACUUCCUGUCCUGAUGUCUGCGCUCUUUGUGAUCCCCGUGUCAGUGUGUAACAGGUGUGUGUGUGUGUGUGUGUGUGUGUGCGUGUGUGUGUGUGUCCUGCAGGUGAUCCUGUCGCGGCAGUACGGCUCUGAGGGGAGGUUCACCUUCACCUCUCACACUCCCGGAGAACAUCAGAUCUGCUUACACUCCAACUCCUCCAAGUUCUCGCUGUUCGCCGGAGGCAUGCUGGUGAGGAGACGCUUCGCUCGCCGCCACUUUCACUUUUUAUUAACGUUUGAGGCGUCUGAUUCAAGUUUGAGGCUGCUUUGAGAAAAAAAAACACAGAGGGACGAUUCUCCUGCUGCGAUCGCCGACGAUAAGACGAUCAUUUUCAGACGAUCAUUUUCAGACGCUCUUUUGAAACUCUUUUCUUUUACUGCCUCAAACGUGUCCUUAAAUCACCUUCCUGUUGGGCAGAACUGUAUUUGAUCUCCCUGUUAGAAACCUGAGAUGGUCCUCCUCUAAGAACACGAACCUUCACUGUGUUACAGAGAGUUCACCUGGACAUCCAGGUCGGAGAACACGCCAAUAACUACGCCGAGAUCGCCGCCAAAGACAAACUGACGGAGCUGCAGCUGAGAGUGAGGCAGCUGGUGGAGCAGGUGGACCAGAUCCAGAAGGAGCAGAACUACCAGAGGGUAGGUCUCAGUUUAUUUUCCCCUGAAAUAUCGUCAUAUAGUUAUAAUUAUAAUCUAUUUUAUAUCUUCGUAUCAUCGUUAGAAUUGUGUUUCUGUUUUCACGUUUGUAGAAAUCUCGUCUUAAAUCACAUCAUGGAUUUUUUCAUAUUUCAAAUUACUUUUAUGAUAAUAUUUAUAAUUAUUGUUAUUUUUGACUCAAAAAGCCUCAAAAAGAAACUCAUCUGAAGUUUUCUGCUCGCUCCGUCAUCUCAGAGUUUCUCUUUCGUCGAGUUUCUCAGUCAUCUUGAAAACCUCGUGUCGGAUGAAUCCUGUCAAAACCGUCUGUAAUGUGGAGUGUCCACGAUAACUGAGCGCCCCCUGCUGUCCGUCUGUGUCUCCUUUCAGUACCGUGAGGAGCGUUUCCGUCAGACCAGCGAGAGCACCAACCAGCGGGUCCUCUGGUGGUCCAUCGUUCAGACUCUGAUCCUGGUGGCCAUCGGAAUCUGGCAGAUGAGACACCUCAAGAGCUUCUUUGAGGCCAAGAAACUGGUGUAAACCUGUGUGUGUGUGUGUGUGUGUGUGUGUGUAUGAGAGAGAGUGUGUGUGUGUUGGUGUGUGAGUGUGUUUUGUCUACUGAGUGAUGCAGUACUGAGCGGCGGCGGCGGCGGCUGUGGAAGGAGACGUGACGCAGAGAUCCAUCUGCAGAAAAAACGACUUUAGGUUCUGAUUUCUGAUUCGCUCUCUUCAUCAUCUUCAUCAUCUUCAUCAUCCUCCCUCUCUGACUCUGCCGACCAUCAGGGGAAAAUGUGACGACUUUAUUUCUUUCACACUUCGGUCGAUUUUCUGCUCCAAACUUCGGUCGGUCACGAUGAAAUCAAAGAAGUUUUUCUGAUGUUUGUUUUUCUGUUUCAUGACGUGUUACUGCCCGCCCGAGAUGUUCAGAGUCGAGGAUGAAGAGACGGUUUGAGUUUGUUGGAUUUAUGAGGAGGUUUUAAAAAAGCUCUAAUCUAUAAAAUAUGAUCUGAUUUCAGAGAAGAACAGCUGUCGUGUCGCUCUCUUUUUAAAGAAACACAAACUUUAUUUUCAGAAAACACACCAUCGGUCUCAUCGUGUUCGUUCACUUUUCUCUCUCUGAUAGGGUUUUAUUUCACGUCGGCAGCGUUUUCUGUUUUCUGUAAAAAAAAUCUAAAUUUUAAAACAAAGUGGAGUCGAGAGCUCCGGCAAAGACAGUGAAACAAAACGAGAAAAAUGAAAAGUAAAGACGAGCUGAGACGUUUGUCUCUCUAAAGUGCAGUUACUGAUCCUCCCCAGACUCCGAUACGUCCGUUCAUCCUGUCAUGUCGAGGUCAAUAAAACAGAUCUAUGAAAACAGAUGUAAACCUCCACAGUUUGCACAUCUGUACCCACAGAUCUAUGAUCUCUGCACACUGAUAUCAAACUGUGAUCAUGCAUUUUCAAGCUGCACACAAACUUACACGUUUUGACCGCGGGGGUUCAGACGUACUGAAGAUCAGCAUCUCCUGCGUAGUCUGGUGUGUUUGUCGAGAGCGAUGCAGCAGCUGUUUUCCUGUUUGAUAAAAGUGUAAAGAAAAGCUCGGUGUGUCCGCAGGAGUCCUCUCUGUAAAGUUCUCAGACAAUCAGGAACAAAACAAGAACUUGAGUUUUGCAGACAUGGAGGAAAGGAAUCCAAAGGAGGAAGUUGAACCAGUUUUUCGACCUGUAGAAGGUUCAGACCGGUGACGUUUAAAAGGGUUCAGACACGGAGAUCCAUCGGUGUCACGAUGAGUCUUCAUGUCCGAACUCUUGAAGCACAAAAGUUUGAGUUUGACCUUCAGCUGUCGCAGUUUUCCAGUGAGUCCAGAGCGAAUGUUUCUCUUCACCUCAUUCAGGUGUGACGUCGAAAUGAUCUCGUUCCGCCAUCGUCUCCAGAUCUGAACCCACCUCCUGACUCCUUAUUAGACUUUGGUUUCUGAAAUCUGCUCCUGAACUUGUUUGUUUUUUUGGGGUUUUAGGUUUGUUAUCCGGUGAGAGAUUUAUGAGCAGAUUUAGUUUGUUGCAGCUCUGCCAAAGACGCUGUCUGACCUAACGAAGAGUUUAGGCUGUUUCUGCUGAUUUACAGAAACUGAACAGAGGAGAAACAUGAAAUCUGAAUUGGUCAAAAAUGAAACUCUGGAUUAAAAACAGCUCAUAAGAAAAAAAAAUUUCGCUUCUUAAAAUCUCGGUCUUGUCUGAAAGUCGUCCUCAGGCUCUGAUCGAGGACUCUGACUGCAAAAAUCUGAAUAUUCAGCUCUGAUAUAAUAUUUUAUUUUUAGUGACACACGAGUUUUUUGGAAGGUUUUGAAAAUCAGGGCAGUUUUAUCUUUUCCAAGUUUUCUCACUUUAAGCUAAUCUUCAUUUUUUUUCUUUUUCUGGUGGUUUGUGUUAAAAUAUUAAAACUUCAGAUUGUUGUUGUUUUUUUUUUUUCAGGGUUAGAGGGGAAAUAAGUCGCGGCUGGAUGAGGGGAUCGAGUUUAUUUUAUUUUGGAGAGAUUCUGUCCGUGUGAAAUUUGUCUCAAAUUGCACUCGAAAUAAAGUUUGUCACAUUUGGUUUAAAGGAUUAUGAAGUUUGUUUUUAUUCCAUUAUUAUUAUUUUAUUAUUGUUUUAAAAAAGUCACUGAUGAGUUUAACUUUUUAUGUAUUCAGAGGGAAAUAAAUGAAAAAGACUCUCGAUCAUAAAACAAAGAAAUAAAAGACAGAGGUGUACCUGAA